GGAAUCUGCGGAAUCUAGCUGCAAGUGCCUGUGGGCGCCGCGCUUUCGUGUGCUUCUGAAGCCGUGAUAGGCACACACACGGCCUUGGCGCAAGCUCUGCUUGUCUUACAGUAAUCGGUGGGUCUGGUAGGUCAGAGGAGCGGCAGCAGCACGCUAAGUGGACGAGGUUCCUUUCCAUGGUUUCGUUUUUACGGACCUAGGAAACGCGAUCGCAGGGCCUGGCCGGCCGGCCGGCGCGAGAGAGAGCCAUCGGUUUUUCUUUCCGUUUAUUCCUUCCGGCGCUUCGAUCCGUGCUACCCCUCGCGAUUCGCGAUUCCCGACCGCGACCAGUGACUUUGGAAUGAUCUGUUCGUUCUCGGCGCGAGGUGCAGCCCGCACACCAGAUUUGCAAAAUUCCCGCUGGUAGCAAAAACAAAAGUCCAGAUUUUUCUGACUCUCACGUUUCCUUGAAGCUGUCACCUUUUUUUCGAUACAAUUAAGUCCACAGCGGCAAGCCUAGAAGCCAGUCGUCACUCUGCGUGUCUGUGUUUGUGUGUGCGUCAGUCGCAAGCUCGAGAGUCCGCAUUGCUCUUGCGCUCCCUUGCGGCCCGACCUGUCCGAUAUCCCUUCGUGUGUCCGCAUAGAUUCAUCGUACAGCAUAGAGUUAACGGUUUGCGCACCGCGAUUUAGAGUCAUACCUCGUCGGUUUCACGGGACGAGCCUUACACAGCGUUCGUGCGGCUGGCCCUCGCUCCCUCACCCUCCCUCCACCUCAUCAUCGUAUUCCCUUCCGCGAAUACCCUUGCGCUCCUCUCCAUCGCCCCCACCAUGAUCACCGCUCUCAACCGAACCCUAACCUCCUCCCCAUAGUCCGCGCUUCUCUCCGCCCAUCGCUCCCCCCACCAUGCGCGGCCUCCCCAUAAAGAGCUCGCCCGCCAGCAAGCAGCGCAAGCCCAUCCUCCCCAACCACUCGCCGCGGAAGCCGCAACGAUCCUCCGCCCUCGGCGGCGGCGGGGGCGGGGGCGGCGGCGGAUGGCGGGGGAUAUUCACCAUGCGGCGAGUGAUGACGGUGCUGCUGGCGGGCGGGGGGCUGGCGUGUUUCACGUCGGUGCUGUGCCUCAUGCGCCUGCUCUACCGGGUAGAUGCGCCCAUGGACCCCUCGCAGCUGCUCGACGCGGCGGCGGCCGCGGGGACCACUGGCGGGGGGAGCUCGUCCGCGGAUCUGCUGCUGGAGAACGCCGCGCGGCAGCAGCUGCCGUCGCUGUCCAUCCGCGCGCUGCACGUGCUGCAGCAGGCGCGAUCGCUCGCCAUGGUCACUGGAUUCGGGGAGCACCAGCCGCAGCAGGACAAGCCCGUGCCGCCGUGCAUCCACGUGGACACUGACCUGCUCCCGGCAGCCACGUACCUCCUCCCACGCGACCGGGCCAUCCUCCUGCGCCCACGUCCAGGCUCCUCCACACCCGACGCUGCUAGUUCCACUUCCGCCUCGGCAGCCACGCGCCAAUUCCCUCGCUCCCAGCGCAUCCGCACGGCCUCACCUGUCCGCAUCCCCCCGGCCCAGCUCCUUCCCUCCUCCUCCCCUCCCUCCCCCGCCUUUGCUGAGGACGACCCCCAGCCGUUCGCGCUCGUGUGGCGGGGAGCGCACGGGCAGGUGUGCCGGCGGUGGGCCACAGACGUGCGGGCGAGGAUACGGGAGGCUGGCAGAAGCGGCGCAGUCUAUGUGUCCGUGCAGCUGCAGCUGGGGGAGGGAGUGGGAGCAGGGGAGGCGGGGGAGGAGGUGCUGCGCGUGGGGGCAGUGGGGCAGAGCAUCACGAGGCAGAGAGAAGUGGGGCCGCUGGUGGCGCUGGUGCCUCCAUCAGCCUGGUACCUCUCUAUUGAUCUCUGCGCGCCACAAUCCUUCCCUCUUCUUGGCGAUGUGCCCCCUCCUGGGGGAGCAGCAACUGCUGGCACUCUUGCUGCCGGCACUGGUGCUGCUACUGAUAGCAGCGGUGGAGCUGCUGCUGCUGCUGCUGCUGCUGCUGGGGUUGCCGCUGGUAACGGUUCGCAUGUGGCAGAGGCGGUGGGCGGUGUGGGUGUGAAGCUGUCCCUCAUGUACCUGACAGACUCCUCUCUCCUGUCGCAACGCCCGCCUGCUGUGCCCAGCAGCAGGGACCAAGGGAAUGAAUCUUCUCCACUUGACGCCACAGCAGCAGCAGCAGCAGCAGGCGCUACAGCAGCAUCCACCCCUGUGCUACCGACAUGUUUGAUACGGGCAGGUCCCCGGCUGUUUUACACUGCCCGGGAGCCACAGGGGGAGGAGAGGGAGGAGAUUUGGGGCAACAUCUCCGUUCCCCUUGCCUCUUCGCACUCCUUCGCUUCCUCCACCUCCUCCUCCUCGUCCCCCUCUACUGCAUCGGGGCAGGGCCACGCGUUCGGGGUGGCACAGCUGUCGGUGCAGUGGGACAGCAACUGCAACGUGGUGCAGCACACUGUGGUCAUGUGCAGAGUGCGGCAGAAGCACCGAGUGAUGGAGGCCGGAGCAGCGUCCCCUGCAUGCGCCAUUCUCGAGGAUGCUUGCUCUGCCACACAGGGCCUGCACAAGCAGCAGCAGCAGCAAGACAAGCAGCAGCAGCCGCAGCAGCAGCAGCAGCACGUGCCCCCCCGGGCUGGUUGGGGCAGUGAGCCGCUUGGGAGAAGAGCUGCUGGGUUCGUCUCAGCCUCUGCUGCUGCGGAUGCUGCUGCUGCUGCUGGUGGUGGUGGUACUGUGGGUAGUGCGACAGUAGCAGCAGGGGGAGGACGGGGGGGAAAAGGAGUGUCAUCCUCCCAUUGGGUGCACACAGCACUGCUUCCUGCCGCCCUCCCGACCGGCCACUACAACUACCGUGUACUCUCCGGCUCCCACUGCUCCCCCGUCUUCUCCUUCCACUUCCUCGGCCCAACACCCUACGCCGCCCUUGCCGCCCACCGCUCUGCCGCCCUGUCCAACCGCACGGCCGGCCCGCAUUUGUCCUGGUUCGAGCGGCACAACAAGAGGCGGCACUAUCUGAAGACCCGGGCGGCCAUGCUGAGGAGGUCAGCAGGGAUGAAGGACUCUGGGGGGGGAGGGUCGCCCAAGUUCGAGUCUAGGGUAGGGAAGAAGGGCAUGUGGGGGCGCAAGGCGCAUGAGAGGGCGCCUGUGUCGUUUGGGCUUGGGAAAGCUGGGGAGAGUGGCGGUGCGGGUGCAGGGACAGGGGCAGGGACCGGAGAUGGGACAGGAGCUGGCGCUGGUGUUGGUGGCACAGGGGGAGAUCUAGCAGCGGGAGGAGCAGGCGCAGGAGCAGGAGCAGGAGCAGAUGGAGCCGCAGCAGGGGCAGGGGCAGGAGGGGCAGCAGCAGAGGAGGAUGAAGGGGAGGGGUAUGAGGACGACAACAACGUGGAUGAUGAGUUCUUCCACCUGGCCAUCAUCUCCGACACGCAGGGCGGCAGCUCCGUCUUCAGGCGUCACCUCACGCACAUCCGGGCACAUAAACCCUCCGCCGACCUCAUCAUGCACCUGGGCGACCGAGUACCCGGUGCCGCGGCUGCUUCUGCUGCUGUUGCUGCUGCAAGAGCUGCUGGUGGUGCUAGUGGUGGUAGCAGUGGGGGAGAGGCGGAUGCAGUGUUGCAGUGGGAGCGCAUGUGGACUCAGCCGCUAGAAGCGAGCCAUGUGGCGGCGUCAAUCCCUUCCCUGGGCGUGCACGGGGAUCUUGAUGUGGCAGUAGGGCAUGCCAGUGGGUUGAGGGCAGGAGCAGGAACACAUAGGGGAGGAGGGAUGGGGGGUCACACCAGCAGCAGAAGCAGCAGCAGUGGUGGUAGUAGCGCGACGAGCAGUGAGAAUUUGGACGACGCCCUGAUUGAUGCUCAUCAGCUUGCAGACCUGUUUGCCCCACUUCCUUCCUCCUCCGCCCUCCUCUCACCCACCUCAUCUCCUUCGUCUCCUCCCUCUCUCUGGACUGUUCCCUCUCCUGCUACCCCUACACCACACCCCACCACCACACACCCAAGCACCAUGCUGACGAGCAGCGAUGUGCGAUGGUGGUCCAUGCUGCUAGGGGAAUGCCUCUGGAUAGGCCUGGAUUCCAACGUGAACACCUCCUCAGCUGCAGUACAGACUGCGUGGCUGCGAGCCACGCUAGAGGCCGUGGCAGCAGCAAGGGAGCGAAGAACAGCGCCCCCGUUCCUAGCCGUCCUGCUGCACGUGCCCCCGUUCAUCGACUACUGGGAUCCUGUGUCCUGGCAUGGGAGCAACAGUGGCGGUGGUGGUGGGGGGUUGGGGGGUAGGGGGGUUGGGGCGGGAAGUGGUUUUGGGGGGAGUGGUGAUGGGGAGGGGAGUGGUGAGGAUUGGGUUGGUGGUGGGGGGGAGCGGAGGCGGACUGAGUGGGUGAGGCUAGAGUGGGUUCCGCUGUUUGAGAAGUAUCAUGUGGAUCUGGUGGUUAGUGGGCACUCGCACGCGUACCAACGGGGCGAGCGGAAUGGAGUUAUGUACGCCAUCCUCGGGGGAGGUGGCGAGCGCAUUGACAAGCAACGAGUUGCGGACUGGGGCAUGUAUAAGGUGACUCAUUUGGGCCAUCACUAUGUACGGGUGGAUUUGAGUGCCCAUUUGUUGUCGUGGACAGCAUAUGAUGCAGCCAACAACCCCAUAGACCAUGUAUUGUUCGUGCCUGACGUGGACGACGCAGAUGAGGAGGAGGGUAGCCAGACCUUGCGGUAACCAUAUGAUUUUGUGAGACCAACAUACUCCUAAAUAGUAAAUUUAGUUCAAGCAAACCCAG